CAACAACACCUGUGGGGUUGAAGCGGGACUGUGGUGGUGAUGUGGGGGCGACUAUCAGCUUUGACAAACAUCAAUUUAUUAACUCUGCAUGUCUGUUUCUCUACAAACUGCAUCCGAAUGCCAGCAGAGCUCUCCCUCCCAGACCUCUUCCCUCAUCUCCUGUCAUGUCCAUGAGGAACCCACCUCAGCGCCGGCGCUCUCUGGGACCCGUCUCGCCCAAACGGAUCUACAGAAACCUUUCUGUCAGACUGAGGGGAGGAGAAUCGUCAGUUUCCGAGGAGGUGGAUGUACCCAAACGCUCCAGCAAGCCUGCAGAAGCAUACAAGACCCUGUGGGAGGCGGUGGAAAAUGAGGACACUUUGUCUGUGCAGAGCCUUCUGUCCAGAGACCACAGCGGCUGUGGAGGAGGAGGCAGCUUGUGGGAGAGAGGGGAGAGGAGAGAGAAGGAAUGGGAGAAAGAGAAGGAGGUGAACAGAGUGAGCGACCAGGGUCUGGUACCCCUGGACGUGGCUGCUCUUACCCACAACUCUCCUUUGCUCCACGUGCUGACCAGAGCAGGAGCCAGACACAAUCCCAUCUUGAUCCGGCCGGUGGAGUGGUCGCUUAAGCUGGACGCCCUGGUGGCGCUGGCCAGUAACCGAGUUGAGGACUGGAAGGCGGAGCUGGUGAAGAAAGCAGGGGCAGGACCGCAGGCUCAAGCUGAUGCUCAGAGACAGGUCUGCCUGUGGAAGCUCAGGCUGCAGCUGUACUGCCGGAUGAGAGAGAACUUCCACCACACAGAGAUUCCCGGUCCUCCCAGUCACGUGUCCAUACUGGUAACCAGCACGUCGUCUCUGUGUGUAAUUAUCAAGGAGCCAGAGGGAAGCACCAUAGGACUGAUCACUCAGUAUCGAGUGGAAUGGAGCACGUCAUCUUGCUUCAAACGCAUCCUCGGCUCGGCCCAAAUCACUGAGACUAAAAACCCUUCCUACAUCAUCAAGGGACUGACAGCUGGGGUGCAUUACUUUGUGAGAGUGAGUGCAUACAAUGUGAAAGGAUGGGGUCCACCUCAGUGCUCUGCUCCAGUCAGUGCUGCCCCUUCUAGCUGGAGGGAGUGUGUCGGUGUGAAGUCACAGUUCAGGAACCAUGAGGGCCUCGUGAGAAAACUGCUGGAAGAUGCCAAAGAGUCACAGUACAGAGGAUAUUGCAUGGAGAUCUCAAAGCCCCAGAGUCCCGGCAAGCGGCUGUCAGUUUCACGAGGCAUCAAACAGCUGUUUCAGUCUGCCACCAAGUUUGUUCGUCUCCUACAAAGGGGUGUAUAUUUGGCGACAGUAUUCUACCACAAAGACAACGUCUUGGUGACAGCUGAAGAUCAGAUCCCGCUGGUGGAGAUCCAGUGCUGCUCCACCUCCAUCACUCAAGACUUCCUUUGGUUUGCCAAGUUGUCCUGUGCGUGGCAGCAGGUGCCCUGGCUCCAGCAGGCUCUCUCCACCGCUCACUCAUCUCCAUCCUCCCUUCUUCAAAACAGGCACAACAUUUUAAAAGCUGUUUCUCAGCUGCAGAGUUCGCUUGGAACGAUGGACCUGGGCCAGUUGUACUACGAGCCACUAAAAGACAGACAGGGAAACAUACUACUAGUGACUCUAAAGGGAUUUCCAAACCCUCCCAGUGCCCCUAAUCCCCCACUUCAUUGGACACCUCUGUCUCACCUGGAAAAGAACCGCAGCAGAACUCCUCUGCUGCCCGAGCCCACCGCCAUGGACAUGCUGUAUGAGCAGCUCAAGGACAAACUGUCCUUCCACAGGCACAGCAUCCAGUGGGCUCCUCCUGGUCUGUAUGUGGGCAUCUUGAAGCUGUGCAGCUCAGUAGAGCAGAUCAGAGUGCUGGUGCCUCAGAGGUUACCUAAUCUACUCUGCCACACGCGAGUCAGACACAACGCCCACGUGACCAGAGAGGAGUGGGCGUGGCUCCAGAGUCAUGUUUACACAGCACAGAACGGUGGCGUUCAGAACCUGUUGAGCGGCGAGGAGGAGAGCUUGACGGAGAACGGCGUUCUGAUGGAUUUCGUCAGGUCUCUGAGAUCAGCCGUCACGCAUCUCCUGACGAAGCUCAACAUCCCCCUCUACAGGGCGUAUCAGUAUGGCGUUUACACCCGGGAGCUGCUGCAGUUUGAUGAAAAGUUGUCCAUGCUGCUGCUCCUGCCUCCCAGUGAGGACUUCAGCUCGAGUUAUUGGCCUCUAGUGGGGACCAAGGAGCCCGGCCUCACCAUGCCUCUUCAGAUCUUUGAGCUGGUUCACUUCUGGACCUACGAGCGGGAUUUCCUCUGCCAGUACUGCCAGGCCUGGGUGAGGCUGGAGCUGGACACUCACCUGGCUCAGCAGGCGCUGCGCGAGGCGCUGGACACUAAGGAAGUGCAGGAGGCUCGAGAGCAGCUCAACAACGUGACAGAUCUGUCUCGACGUCUAGAGGUGGUGUGGAGGGAUGCCCGCUGGAUUAUGGACUGUCUGCAGUGUGUCCGGUCCAAGCAGUGGGUGGGGGCCGUGCCACUUGGCCUGGUGAUGGGAGGUGACCCCCCACCUUGUCCUGAAGGGGAGGAAGAGAGUCUGACAUCUAGGCUAACGUGGCCUCAUCGGAUGCAAACUCAAAGAUCUAUCACUGACACCUCCUACGGUGGCACUCCACGCCACAUGGGCGUGGCCUCCGAGGCAGGGAUCCCAGUUGUUCCUGGGGAUUCUGCUCUGGUGCUGAUGGAAGGGGUGGUAAAGGGGGGGUACCCUGUGGACACGGAGUCGGGUUUGGAGCGUGCUGCCGUCCCGCCGCUGGAAACCGGAUACGCCCUUCUGGACACGCAGGGGGGGUCUUACUUUCCCUCCAGCAUCACUGAGGUCCUUCAGCCCAUGGAGAUGGCCGAGUUGGUGGACAUUUUACCUGCUCUCAGCCUCAUUGAGGAGGAGGACGAUCCUACACCAUCUGUGAUGGACGUGCUGGAGAGCUUUGGUCUGGAGAUCGGGGAGAGCAACGCCCCCUUUAAUUUUGGGGGUUCAGACUUGAAUGGCCUGACACAGUCCAGCCUGAACAACAGCUCCAGCUUGAGUGAGACUUGCUCUGAGAGUGCAGUGUUACAGGAGAAAAACGAAGCAGAUGUGUACUUUCCUCCAGAGGCGGCAGAGACACAAACUCCAAGUAAAGGAACAUUUCCAGUGAGGAACCAGGUGGAGUGGGACAAACCUUCAAACAGUUCAUCAUGAUAUGAACUUCCAUGACUCCACUUUUUCUGGUUUAAGUCAACUGCAAUUAAUUUAACUGACCUCAAAAUUGAGAACUGACUGUCAACUAGAUGCAGCCCUAAGAAAAACUGAAGGAGAGGAAAUGACUAGUUUGUGUUUUUGCACAUAUCUGUGUUUAUCUUUUUUGUUGUUUUUAUAUGCAUCUCACUAUUUGUAGAUGAAGAUAAGCUAAAGUAGAUACGGUUGCUUGAAAACUUGCUCACUACUGCUGCCAAGAGUCACUUUUCUGCUUCCAUGUGCUGCAACAAACUCAUUAAAAUCACAUUUCCAUCUAAAAAAA